GAUUCAGCCCGAAAUUCCUCUUCUCUCGAACUGGAGACGGCUAUGGUCAGCUUAUAGGGGAGUAUGUAAUGCGGCUCAUGUAAUAGCUCAUGAGAGAAGAUUCAAAGAAAUGUUCAAAGGCAAUGAGUCAAGAAUCUGGGAUCAAAAUACAAGUAUUUCCGGUCUUUGUCAAGUUUGACCAUUGGGGUGCUGGGUCUAGGCCAGAUUGGUACAGAAAUUUCCCGGAUGUGUAAGGCUAUGGGGAUGACUGUAUGGGGGAUGGCCACUGGCCAGAAGAAAACUUGUCCCUACAUUGACGAAUUCAGAUGUACAGAUGACCUCUCUGAUCUGCUGUCUCACUGUGACUACAUCUGCAACAUCCUCCCCAGCACACCACUCACCCGGAACCUUCUGUCUGGAGAGGUCCUUGCGUGUUGUGCCCAGAGGAAAAGUGUCCUCAUCAAUGUGGGUCGAGGUGACAUCAUAGACGAAGAUAGUCUCAUCAAUGCUCUUAACCAAGGCUGGCUCAGUGGAGCUGUACUGGACGUGUUUGCCAAAGAACCUCUUCCGGAAAGUAGUCCACUGUGGACUAUGCCGAACGUUACCAUCUCCCCGCAUGUCUCUGGUCCAAGUCAAAGCACACAGACAGCAGAAGGAUUUGUACAGAACUAUCAACUGUUUUGUGAGGGAAGCCCCAUAAAGUACCAGGUUGACUGGAAUAAAGGAUAUUGAUUUAAAUGAUUGCCAGGAAUCACCAGGAAUUUGGAAAUUUUUAAAUAUUAUAUAUAAGGAUAUAUUGUGUUUGUUUGGAUGUAAGGUGUAAAGAAGGAAAUUGUUCUUAAUAUUUUUA